AUGUCUAAAAUUGUCUCGAAAAGAAAGGCAGUUGGCCCGGAGCAGAAGCCUAAGAAGAAACAGAAACUGUCAGGUUCAAUCACGAAAUCAAUUUCAUCGACCGCUCCCAAAAUCAAAGUCAGAGGCGAUGCACUCAAAUGGAAAUCCGUUACCUUGCCAGGGCGAAUGGAUGAUGCCGAGGGAUUCUAUGGCUUAGAGGAGAUUGAUGAUGUGGAAGUGGUUCGGGACGAGUCCAACAAUCAGGUGAUGUUCCAGCCCAAAUCAAAUGAGCUGGUGGAUGAGAAUAAGAACACGGAAGAAUUCGACGACCAAUGGUCCGGCUUUGAGGAUGAGACCCCUUCCAAUGAUCAAAAAACCGACGCGAAGAAGAAAUCCACAAAGUCCGUCAAGUCCACGAAAUCCGCAAAUGUCACAAAAUCCGAGAAUGAUAAUUCGAAAUCAACGCCUCCACCAAACGCAGAGGAAGAAGAUGAUAUCGACGAUGACGUUCAUUUCAGCCUUCUUUCUGAUACGGUUGACGACUCACACGUGAAUGUUUCAGCAUGGAAAGAACUCGACAUGUCACCCACGACGUUAUUGCAGCUCGCACGGCUGAAAUUCUCAAGCCCAACACCGAUCCAGGCUGCUGCGAUCCCUGCCAUUCGACAGGGCCACGAUGUCAUUGGUAAAGCAGUAACUGGAUCCGGGAAGACACUAGCUUUUGGGGUUCCAAUCUUUGAGCACUGGCUGCAGAACCAGAGUUCAGUCUCAGAAGUAGAUGACGCAGCACCAAUUCUGGCACUCAUACUUGCCCCGACACGCGAACUGGCGCUGCAAUUGAACACCCAUCUCAACGCAUUAUGUAUCGGGCUGGAGAAGCGGCCCCGAAUCUCCGCUGUGACUGGAGGGCUUUCGAUCUACAAACAGCAGCGGCAACUGGCACAUGCGGACAUUGUAGUGGCCACUCCCGGCCGUCUCUGGGAGGUUAUGAAUGACAACUCCGCCGCAGCUGAAAACACUGUCGAGUUGAUGGACCGGCUCAAGCAGAUCAAAUUCUUGGUCGUCGACGAAGCCGAUCGACUCCUCAGUGAAGGGCAUUUCAAGGAGGUUCAGGAUAUCCUGGACGCAUUGGAUCGAGAAGUUUUCGAUGAGGAUCAGCCGGGGGAAUUAGGGCAGCCUUCCAAAUCGACGCGCCAGACGCUUGUCUUCUCAGCAACGUUCCAGAAAGAUCUCCAACAGAAACUCACAGCCAAACGCAAACACGGUAAUCUGCCUAAAAGCGAGCUUCUCAGCAAUCAGCAGUCCAUGGAGUACCUCCUGAAAAAGCUCAACUUUCGAGAAUCAAAACCCACAUUCAUCGAUGUCAACCCAACCUCACAAAUGGCUGCGGCACUAGAUGAGUCUAUCGUGGAAUGCGGAGCGAUGAAAAAAGAUCUCUACCUCUACACUCUACUCAUGCAAAACCCGACCUCGAAGACCAUCGUCUUCACCAACAGUAUCUCGGCCGUAAAGCGAUUGAAUCAACUGCUUCAAAACCUAAAACAGCCAGCAGUGGCACUGCAUUCGACCAUGCCACAAAAGUCUCGGCUACGCUCGCUCGAAAGAUUCGCCGCUCAGAGGUCUAUUCUUGUCGCAACGGACGUAGCGGCACGAGGGCUCGACAUCAAAGGCAUCGAACUCAUCAUCCACUAUCAUGUGCCUCGCACCGCUGACAUGUACGUUCACCGGUCCGGAAGAACUGCUCGGGCCCAGAGUUCUGGCCGGUCGAUAUUGCUAUGUUCUCCGGAUGAGGUCGCGGGUGUGACGAGGCUGAUUCUCGAAGUGCACAAGAGUAACAAGGCACCGGACAUUUUGGAGACCGACAGGCGAGUCGUCACGAGACUCGAGCCCCGCUUGAGCCUCGCACAGAAGAUCACGGAUGCAUCGCUCGCCCGCGAGAAGACGUCGUCCAAGGACGAAUGGCUUAAAACUGCCGCUGAGGAACUCGGUGUCGAUUAUGAUUCGGAGGAGUUUGAGAGUCUCGGCCAGAAGGGCAGGCGCGGCAGGGGAGGUGGGAAGGCUCAAAAGGAGAAGGAGAAGAGUGCCGUGAGUAAAGAUCAGGUUCACCAGUGGCGGUCUGAGUUGGAUGGCAUGUUGAACAAAAGAGUCAAUCUGGGCGUCAGCGAAAGAUAUUUGGCUGGGGGAAGUGUCAAUGUGGAGGCGUUGCUCAACGGUCAGAUGGGCGGGGCGUUCCUGAAGGGCCGGUAA